AAGAAUUGUCAAAACAUAGAUGCCUAUAUAUACCUCCCUUCAUACUUCUUCCUUCCCUCCCACAAUUCUCUCUCUCUCUUCUCUUCUAAGAAACAUCAAUCAAUCAAUCAAGAAUCCAUUUUUAAAUUUGUUUAUUCAAUCAAUGGAUGCCCCUUUGAGAUCAAGAACUUCAUUGUUGCAAUUUCUUGUAACAUUCUUUCUCCUAAUUUUAUUAGGUUUGAACAAUAUUAGAGAAGUAGAAUCACUUGGGAUUAAUUAUGGUCAAGUAGCAAACAAUUUACCACCACCAGAGAAAGUCCUACAACUUUUGCAUGCUCUAAAGAUAACAAAGGCAAGAAUCUACGACACAAACCCUCAAGUGUUGACAACAUUUGCCAACUCCAACAUAGAGUUAAUUGUGACAGUGGAGAAUCAAAUGUUAGCCACAUUAUGUGACCAACAACAAGCCCUUCAAUGGGUAACUAGCCACAUUAGGCCCUAUUUUCCAGCCACAAACAUCACGGGGAUCGCGGUAGGCAACGAGAUAUUCACAGACGAAGACACGUCCUUAAUGACAUAUCUUGUGCCAGCCAUGGUUAACAUCCAUGCAGCACUUGUUAAAACAGGACUAAGCCAAUACAUUCAAGUAUCUUCCCCUAAUUCACUUGCAGUUUUAGCAAAUUCUUACCCUCCUUCAGCUGGUAGUUUUAGGACUGACCUUAAUCAAAUAAUGCAACAAUUCUUGCAAUUUUUAGCAACUACAAAAUCACCUUUUUGGAUCAAUGCAUAUCCUUAUUUUGCUUAUAAAGACAAUCCCAACAAAAUUUCCUUAGACUAUGUGUUAUUCAAUUCAAAUGAAGGGAUGGUUGAUCCAUACACAAAGCUACACUAUGACAACAUGUUGUAUGCUCAAGUCGACGCCGCGAUUUUUGCGAUUGCAAGAAUGGGAUUUAAUGGACUUGAAGUUAAAAUUUCUGAGACAGGAUGGCCAUCAAAAGGUGACACAAAUGAAAUUGGUGCCACACUACAAAAUGCAGCAAUUUACAAUAGGAACAUUUUGAGGAGGCAAUUGCUUAAUGAAGGGACCCCAUUGAGGCCUAAUGUGAGAUUGGAUAUUUAUGUGUUUGCUUUGUUUAAUGAAGACAUGAAGCCAGGGCCAACUUCAGAGAGAAAUUAUGGAUUGUUUCAGCCUGAUGGAACCAUGGCUUAUAAUGUGGGAUUAUUGUCAACAAGUUCUUCAACUACAGAGCCAGCAUCAGCUUCAAUUUCUCUUGCUUCCUCUGCCCCUCCCAUGGUGAAAAGAGUGGGAUAUCAAAGCUUGGUCAAUUGGAUGAUGAUGUUUGUGUAUUUUUGCUGGCUUUGCAAGCGUUAAUGAGAUAAUCAAGACAACAUUGAGGCAAAAGGGAAGUACUUGGCUGUAAAUACAAUAUUGGCAAGUCUUCUCUAUAAGAUAUAAAUUAGUAAGUCCAAACAAGGGAAAAAAAGAGUAUAAAGGCUGAAUACAUAGACAGUCAUUUAAAUUUAGAAUUUAUCGGAGAUAUUCAUUUAGAUAUUUCAACUGAGACAACGACCUAUCAGCCACUGGACGUCUAUGAAUGGAUCGUCAAGAAUGGAGCUCACAACAAUUAAUUUAACAAGCGCAGGCUAUGAGACACAAGGAGCUUUAAUUUCGUAAUAUUUUUUUUUGGGGCGAUCUAGUUUCUUGCUUCAUAGAAAAAAUAUGUAUAGUCGAUGUCAUUUAUUGUACAAUAUUCGCGAUUUGAUGAUUCUUUGCUAGGGAAUUGACAGAAUUAUCAGUUUGUUAUGAUCUCAUUGUGCAGAGGAUUUUUAGAUGAAAUGGGAAGGGCUGAAUUACAAUCUUUCUAGCA